UAAGUUGUAAACGUUUAUUUCAAACCGUCCAACCAACAGCUGCAGUACGCGUUCGUUUCGCACCCAGUCCAACUGGAUAUCUCCAUCUUGGAGGCUUAAGAACGGCUUUGUUUAAUUAUUUAUUAGCACGGAAAACUGGAGGUGCUUUUAUUUUGAGAAUAGAAGAUACAGAUAGGGAACGCUAUGUUCCUGGAUCUGUGGAACGGUUGAUUUCUAUAUUGUCGUGGUCCGGCCUAACUUUUGAUGAAGGACCUGGGAAAAACGGAUCUCAUGACUCAUAUUAUCAGGCAGGUAAAGGCGUUGCGUACGAUCGCCAUUGCCUAUAUUUGAGCCAAAGAGAGGUUGACCAAAAAUUGGCACAGGGAGUUCCUCAUACUGUUCGACUCAAGACACCGGAUGGUGUUGUAACUGUAAAAGACCUGAUAUAUGGUAACAUUAUAUUCAACGAUAAACAUAUCGAUGAUACUAUUUUAUUGAAAAGUGAUGGGUAUCCAACUUAUCAUUUGGCGAAUGUCGUUGAUGAUCAUUUGAUGGGAAUCACACAUGUAUUACGCGGUGAGGAGUGGCUAUCUUCGACGCCUAAACAUACUGUUCUCUAUAAAGCAUUAGGGUGGAACUUACCUGAAUUUGUACAUUUGCCUCUGUUGUUUAAUCCGGAUAGAACAAAGCUAUCGAAACGAUCUGGUGAUAUUAAUGUUGAGGUGCUUGCGCAAAGGGGUUAUUUACCUGAAGCGUUAAUAAAUUUUGUUGCGUUGCUAGGAUGGAGCUCUCCUAAUGGAAAAAGGGACGAAAUAUUUACUUUGGAUGAAUUGAUAUCCGAGUUUUCGUUAGAACAUAUUGGCAAGUCAGGCGCCAUCGUAACGCGUGAGAAACUUGACUGGCUGAAUAAACAACAUUUGAUUCGUAAAUGCGAAUCUCCAAGUGGAUUAGCAGAGCUUGUUUCAUCAUUAAAAACAUUGGUAUAUGAACAAUUUGGCGAACAGUUUAAUGAAUCCGAUAAGAAAUACAAACUUGGAGAUGUAUAUCUUUCCGAGGUUAUUAUGACAAUUAAAGAUCGAAUACAAAAUAUAAAAGAUAUACCAGAAUUAUGUGGAUAUUUUUUUGUUCACCCUGAUUAUUAUUCUCCAGAAUCAAGAGUUACUAGAUCAAAUAUUCACGACAAUGAUUUAACUACAGUUGCCUUAGAGCAGAUCAAUCUUCUUAAUCAAGCUGAAUUUGAAGUUGAUACUAUUAAAUCUGUUAUUAAUAAUAUUAUUUCAAUUAGUCAGCUUAAUCGAAAUCAAGUUCUGAUGGCUUUGAGAUAUAUUAUAACUGGAAUUGGAGCAGGUGUUGCGAAAACUAUAAAAACUAUUGGAAAAGAUACAACUUUGCAACGCAUUAAUAAGGUUAUGGAGCUAGUAAAUUAG